GGAGGAAGUGCUCUCGGCGGAAGUGAUCGCUACGUGAGUCAUGGGUGGGAUGAUUGCAGGCCGGCUCUAUCUAAGGCUGAUGCGAGCAUCCUCCAAGUCCAUGGCUAAGAGCCCACUCGAGGGUGUGCCCGCCUCCAGGGGCCUACACGCGGGGCGCGGGCCCAGAAGGCUCUCCAUUGAAGGCAACAUUGCUGUGGGAAAAUCCACCUUUGUGAAGUUACUCAUGAAAACUUACCCAGAGUGGCACGUAGCUACAGAACCUGUAGCAACAUGGCAGAAUGUCCAGGCUGCUGGCACCCAAAACGCCUGCACUGCCCCCAGUCUUGGAAACUUGCUGGAUAUGAUGUACCAGGAGCCAGCAAGAUGGUGCUACACAUUCCAGACAUUUUCUUUUAUGAGCCGCCUGAAAGUACAGCUGGAGCCCUUCCCUGAGAAACUCUUAGAGGCCAAGAAGGCAGUACAGAUCUUUGAGCGGUCUGUAUACAGCGACAGGUAUAUCUUUGCAAAGACUCUUUUUGAAAAUGGUUCCCUCAGUGACAUCGAAUGGCAUAUCUAUCAGGACUGGCAUUAUUUUCUCCUGCAGGAGUUUGCCAGCCGGCUCAGAUUACAUGGCUUCAUCUACCUCCAGGCUGCUCCCCAGGUUUGUUUGAAGAGACUACACCUGAGGGCCAGGGAAGAGGAGAAAGGAAUUGAGUUGGCGUAUCUUGAGCAGCUUCAUGCUCAGCAUGAAGCCUGGCUUGUCUACAAAACAACCCCGCUCCACUCUGAGGCUCUGCUGAACAUUCCAGUGCUGGUGUUGGAUGUCAAUGACGAUUUUUCUGAAGAAGUAACCAAACAAGAAGCGCUCAUGAAGAGGGUGGGGAAGACCUUAACUCCUGCUUUCUAGUGGUUUUCCUUUUUUGCACUUUUAUUGCUUCAGAGUUCAGUAUGGGCCCUGUGCAUUGUGCCUCAAAUUGCAUUUCACACUCCAAAGCCUGUGGGGCCUUGUAGAAGUUACUGAUAUAAUCCCUAUUCUCUAAUAUUUGGGGCCAAUAACUGUUAAAUACUUGACUUGUAAUAUGUGCUUUCCAGCUGACUCCCUCCUCUAAGGUAUUCUAGAACUAGGGAAAUGAGACUUCUGGAUUCUAUCCAGCUCUGCCACUUGAUACUGUAGGACCCUGGGCAGGUCACAUUUCCUUUCCAUACCUAUUUUCUCUUCCUCACAAAAACUCAUGGGCUUGGCUACAUAUGCAUUAUAGAUGGACUAUUGUGUAGUCUCCUGAAAAUGUGAAAUUAACUUUUGUUUUUUCUCCUUCCCACAGGUAAACACCUUUGUAAAGAAUCUAUAACCAGUACCAGGAUGUUCUAGCUGUGAUCUGGGCUCUCUUUGACUCUUUGAAGCCAGAAGCAUACCAAGUCACCCACCUUCCCACCCCCACUCCCAUCUCCUUUCACACCUAGAGUGCUCUGACACUCAGGGGUUAGGUUUCUAUUAUCCUUGGACCCUGACUUUGUUUUCUUUUAUAUCUCAAGGACUUCUUAAGUAAAGUCUGCAUUUUUGU